CGAGAGCAACAGAGGGUGCAGGAUAAGGUGUUCCGCAUGGUAGCAUCGCACAGCACUGCACAAAAACAAAACCUAAUUUACCAAAUUCGGACACAAAGAGAUUCAAAGGAAUCUCAUUUCCCUUUGAUCUUUUGUGCGUUCUGUCAGAUUAAUCUUCAGACUCUGUCGCCAUUUUCAUUAUCACUGAUUCACUGAGCAAUGUGCUCCAUUUCCUCACUGAAGCAAAACCAUGUCUGAGGAUGUUGGUAAUAAUAUGAAGGACUCUUGGUUUUUCGAGAAGAAUUUUAAUGGCCUGUCCGACGAGGCUUUUGAUGAUGUCUUCAGCUUUUUAGAUUUCCCGUUGGAAGAUGUGGAACCGAAUGUUGUUGAAGAAGACUGGGAUGCUCAGUUUAAACGCAUUGAGCCAUGUUAUGAUGUUUUUUCGGUGUCAUCGACUGUGCUCUGUAGUGAUAAAACCCAAAAUGAAAAGCCACAACUUGGGGGAAGUUUCUCUGGUUCUAGUAAUGAGGUUUCUCCAAUAAAACAGCUGGAUGAGACUGCUGGAUUGGAUGUUGGAAAAACCAUUCUGAACCAGAAUUCAUCUCUCAAUGGAAAAGAUUUGCAUCAACUUCAAACCUACAGCCCAGUUUCUGUUUUUGAAAGCAGUAGUACUUCUUCAGCUGAGAAUUCCAACUUUGAUCUACCUGCCAUCCCGGUAAAGCGUGCUCGAAGCAAGCGCCAGCGUGCAUCGAGCUUCAGUCCUCUAUUUGUGAUUCCUUCUGUUCCUACUUCACCGGCUUGGCAAAUUUAUGAAAUGAAAGUUGACCCGGAAUCAAAUUUAGGGACACACCAUGCCGGGAAAUCAUUAAACAACACGAAAAAACAGAGGAAAAAGGAUCUCCCUGUGCUUUCAGUUCACAAUGACAUGAAAAGAUCUUCAUCACAGGAGCCAGUUCCCACCAGAAAAUGCAUGCAUUGCGAGGUGACAAAGACCCCACAGUGGAGAGAGGGACCGAUGGGUCCAAAGACGCUGUGCAAUGCCUGCGGUGUUCGAUACAGGUCUGGUCGCCUCUUCCCCGAAUACCGGCCAGCAGCUAGCCCCACUUUUGUACCAUCAGUGCAUUCAAACUGUCAUAAGAAGGUCAUAGAGAUGAGAAGCAAAGGAAUCCAGGCAAGCCUUAGGAAUCCAUUGUCGGCGAUGUCAAACCUUCAUGGAAAUUCUGUAGGAUAAUAUUACCUUUGGAUUUUAUAAUUAGAAGGGAAGUAGUCCCUCCCAGACAGAACCCUCCUUGUUUUAAUUUAUUUGGUUUUUUAGUCUUAUGUUAUAUUCCUUAGCAUCAUUUGUUUUACUAAUGUAAAUUGUUUGGUGAAAUAAGAAGGUAGUAGGGUACAAGUACAAGAUCACUGAUUAGUGUUUGUUAGGCAUUCAAGGGAACAUGUUAUCUGAGGUUAGGAUUUGGUAUAUAAAUUUCCAAAUAUGUAUUUUCAUUGCUUUCUUUCUGCACAUGGAAGCAACAGAACAGGUACAUGAACUGAAGGGAUCAAAGUAGGGACAAAGUACAAUGAUAUAUCACAUGGCUAUUAUAACAUGACACAAAUUUACAGGGUAAAGCCACAUGCAUUGGAUCUGCAAGCUGGAAUGGUGCCUUUCCUAGUCAACCUCAAAUAUGAGAACUAGGUUUUUUGAUAUUUUAUAAUAUAUUUUGGUUUAUUAAGAGUAUCCAUCACUAAUUCCUUUGCUGCA